AUGCAGGUUCAUCACGUCAAGUUUGGCCUCGGUCCUCUUCCUCGUGGACCGAAGGUGACUAACAAGAGGAAGCUGUGUGCCCAUGAAGGGUGCCUCAAGCAGCUCGGGACGGGACUCCGUACUGCAUCAGUCACGGAGGUGGCCGUCGGUGCGAAGUGCUGGAGUGCACGAAGAGUGCUGUGGGCAGCAGCGAACGCUGCAAAGCUCACGGCGGAGGAGAAGAUGCACCGUGGAUGCUGUACCACCGCUGCCCGCCCAGNNNNCUACAGUGUAGCGUCGGUGCUGGAGGAACAGAAGGGUGACGUGGAAGGGAUGGAUGAUAGGAAGAGGUUGAAGCAUGCGCUGCAAGCGAGUGACGAAGAGGUUGAUGCGUUUUUGGAUGACCCAGAGUCUAAGAUUGUAACUGACAAUGCCGGCAGGAUAAUCGUCAUGGACGAAAACUUCAUCGUUGAAACUUUGGAUUUGGUCAGUCUUCGUGUCACCGUCCGCAUCACCGCUUAUCGUCAGAUACUCUCAGUGCUCCCAGACUGUUGCGAUGCCGCCUCUGAAGAGGAUGGGGGCCGCAUUCACGUUGAUGUUGAGGAGUGUUGGCAAGCAUUGGAUUCGGUCUGCGACUCUGAGGCUAGACCGACGCCGCCGCUCAGCGUCGUAGCCCGUCUGCUAGCAUCCAUCGCGACGGCGAAUACGGCGAAGUCGCGAACUAACAUCGAGUUAGACGAGGGGAGGAUUCGGGUCGCUCGAGCGGCCCAGAUU